AUGCGAACUCGAUCGAGUCGGUCUACUGAGGACUUGGUCGAGCUAGACUUCACAACGGGUAGAAAGAGGGUUCAGAGGUCACAGAGGGUACAAGAGGAACCUGAGGUGCUUGUUGCUGAUACAAUGGAUGUACCAGAGGGGAAUGGAAACCCUUUGGGUAAUGGACUCGGUCGAGCUAGGCAAACUCGACCGAUUGGUCAAGGAGAUGCUCCAAACCGCCACCAACAGAGACAAGGGAUUGUUCCACCACCAGUGCAGAACCACAACUUUGAGAUCAAGCUGGGAAUGAUCAACCUUGUCCAGAACAAGAUGUUCCAUGGAUUGCCAAGUGAAGACCCCAUUGACCACCUUGAUGAGUUUGAUAGGCUUUGUGAUUUGACAAAGAUCAAUGGUGUCUCUGAAGAUGCCAUCAAGCUGAGACUCUUUCCUAUGUCUCUAGCUGACAAAGCUCACCAAUGGGAGAAGAGCUUGCCCCAUGGCACAAUCACCACUUGGGAUGAAUGCAAGAAGGCCUUUCUUGCUAAAUUUUUCUCCACCGGUCGCACAGCCAAGCUUAGAGGAGAGAUAUCCAGCUUCAUCCAGCGAAACAAUGAGACAUUCGCAGAGGCUUGGGAGAGGUUCAAAGGCUACACAAGUCAGUGCCCACACCAUGGAUUCAACAAUGAAUCACUACUCUCCACUCUUUAUAGAGGAUGCUUGCCUAGGUAUAGGGAGAUGCUAGACACAGCUAGCAAUGGGAACUUCCUCAACCAGGAUGUAGAUGAUGGCUGGCAACUUGUGGAGAACAUAGCUAACUCAAAUGGAAGCUAUGGAGAAGAGUAUGAUCGCACCAACCGGAGCUCGACCCACCACUCGAUCGAGUCAGACGAAAAGUUGAGAAAAGAUGUUAAGGCAUUGAAUGAGAAGUUGGAUAAGCUGAUCCUAGCUCAGUCCACAAUGAAGAAAGUCAACUUUGUGUCUGCUGAGGAGAUGGAACCAGUCCAAGAAGGGGAGGAUACACAAUUUGCUGAGGUGUGCUACAUGAGCAAUGGGCAAGGAGGUUACAACAAAGGAUACUAUAACUACAAGUCCAACCCUGCCAUGUCAUACCGCAACACUGAUGUUGCUAACCCUCAGGACCAAGUAUAUCCUCAACAACAAGCAGCUCGAUCGAGUCAGGUGCCACAACAUGGGUAUGGUCAAAAGAACAAUUACCAAGGACCACAAGGCACUUUCCCUGGACAACAAAUGAAUAUCCCACCAGGCUUCCCCCACCAACCGCCCCAGCCUGCACCUUCACAAGAGAAUGAGCUCAAGGCAAUGCUAAAGCAACUACUUCAAGGGCAAGCUGAUGGGGUAGUGGACACAAGCAAGAAGCUAGCUGAAAUAAACUCUAAGAUCGAGAACCUCAACACAAGGGUUUACUCUCUGGAGAAUCAUGCUUCUUCUGUUGCUGCUGCUACAAAGCUAAGGAACAGUGCAAGGUCAUCUUCACUCAAGAAGGACUUGUUGAAGAAGAGGAUCAAGAAAGGAAGUGCAGCACCUACUGUGGCCAUUCACACUUCACCAGUUGAGCUCGCACGAACAAGCUCGAUCGAGUCAGCUCGAUCGAGUCCGACCUCUUCUGUCCGACAGCCUGUUUUGCUUGAUCCUUACCAACCGGUUGCCGCUUCCUCGUCUCGCCUACUUAGUCAAGGUCACAAGGAAGUGAUUCACAAGUUCAGAAGAGAUCUCAGUGGGAUUGGAAUUGAGUUGCCUCCUAUGGAUAGCAUGAGUGAGGCAUUUGAUCAAAUGCAAAUGGUCAAGGAUGUUCUAGCCAACAGUGAUAAAGUUUCAGAGGUCCUACAAGAGUCUACUCAUCAGUUCAACCUGCUUACUUCACCCACCUUCCUACCAAAGGUCAAGGAUCAAGGGAAAUUCACUCUCCCUUGCACACUUGGGCAUCUUGAGAUUGACAAUGCCUUAGUGGAUUCUGGAGCAAGCAUCAAUCUGAUCUCUCUCUCCAUGGCAGAGAAGCUAGGCAUUGCUGGAGCCUUGCAGCGCCCUACUACUUCAAUCAUGUUUGGAGAUGCAACUUCUAAGUCUCCUCUUGGAGUGUUCAAGAACUAUCACUUGAAAAUUGGAGAAUGCAUCAUCCAAACUGAUCUCACUGUGAUGGAAAUGGAAGAAGAGAAGGAUUUGCCUCUGUUAUUGGGAACCCCUUUCCUUAGUACAGUUGGCGCUUCAAUAGACUUUCACAAGCAAGAAGUGAUCCUUCACAAGGUGAAUAGUUUGGUGUCAUAUCGCUUGCAGCCUAGAGGUUCAGACUUUUGUGCCACAAUUGACAGUACCACUCUCAGUUCUAAGAGUCAUGGAGCUACAAAGGUUGUGAAGGAAAGGGUUGACAAGGAACCAAGAGUUGGGAAGGAUAAGGAUGAGAGAGGACCAAGGAUUGAGAAGCCACGUCUUGAGAGGGCUAGAGUUGAGAAACCACGUCUGAUAGGCCAAGAGCUGAUCGACUUGUUCAAGCCCCUUGUGUGCUUGAUGAAGAGAGCCUUCAAGCUUUGUUUGAUGAGCCACUAG